AUGGCCUCCGUCCUCGGGAAGCGCAAGGCGCCCUCCUCAUCCUCCGCCGCCUCCGUCAAGGCCAGCAAGCCCAUCUCUACAAACGUCACAAAGAAGGGUACUGGAACGCCAAAGACCACGGCGGCACCGGCGCCGAAGAAGAAGAACAAUAAGAGUCUCGAGGCCACAAAGAAAACCGGCCCCGUACAGAAGAUCGCCGCGAAGGCGAAGAAGGUUAAGAAGAGGGAAGAGGAAGAAGACCACGACGAUGACGAAGAAGAAGAAGAGGUGGACGAGUCCCUGCUCUCCGCGCAGGAGAUCUUCCGGAGGCACUUCGAGGCGCAGUUCAAGCCCAUUGAGGAACCGAAGCGGAAGAAGGCCAGGGCCGCCGGGGUCCGGGGCGAAGACGGCGACGAAGCCGCCUCGUCGGACGAGGACGACGAGGACGUCUUUGAGGACGAGGGUGUCGACGGGCAGGAGGGGGAGGGAGAGGAGUGGAGCGGCCUCUCCGGCGAGGACGAAGACGACAACGGAUCUGGCGAGGAAGAAGAAGACGACUACGAGGACGACAUCGAAGAGAACCCCGUAAUCGAGGUUGUCGACCACACAAAGUCCAAACCCCAACCCGUCGCGAGCAUGAGCAAGCGCGAGCUCAAAGCCUUCAUGUCCUCCAAACCCCCCUCGCAAACCGACCCGUCUCCCUCCGCCGCCAUCUCGGCCCCGGCGGACCCAGACGAUGAGAAUGACAAGUCUAUGCUGGCCAACGACCUCGCCCUCCAGCGCCUCCUCUCCGAGUCACACCUCCUCGCCCGCCACACCGUCACCCCCUUCUUCAACCCCACAGCCGCCGCAAAGACCUUCUCCGAGGGCCGCCUCCGCCAGCGCCAGGCCGACCUGCGCACGCAGGCGCUCGCCCGCGGCGUCUCGGGAGUCGGCUCCGUCUUCACCCAGGACAAGAUGCCCAUGGCCAUCCGCAAGGGCAUCGUCGCCGCCACCGCCGGCAGGGAGGCCAAGCGCCGCCGGCAGGCCCGCGAGAACGGCAUCGUGCUCGAGAAAGAGGCCGGCCCGGCCCCCGGCAAGAAGGCCAAGAAGAAGGCCGGUCGCGCUGAGAGGAGCGUCGACGGCCCCGCCGUGGGUCGCAUGCGCGGCGCCGAGCUGAGGCUGAGCGAGAGGGACGUCCAGAGCAUCGAAGGCGGCGGCGGCAGUGGCAGGGGUGGGAGGGGUGGCCGCGGCGGCGGUAGAGGGGGACUGGGGAGGAGGUAG